CUCUGGAGGAAGCCCGGCGGGAGGCAGAGAGGGUCCGGAGCCGGCCCGAACUUCGCGGGUGGUGAGUGCCGAGGGAGGUGGUCAGUGCCAGCCAGGCCACGUGUGCUGAUGGUAAGGGGGAGCAUGGAUCGUGGUGUCAGCCUGGAGAACCCCUAUGCCAGUGUCAACAUCCCGAGGGACCAGUUUCAGCAGAGCUUCAUCACUCGCUACCUGAAGGAUGAGCCCACUGUCAUUUCCAACCCUGCAGCCGUGCCCAUCUACAGUGUGGGGGAGCAGCCAGACCCUGCUGCCAGCUGGAACAGCCCAACCAUUUCCACAGAAAAGUCCUGGUCCCGUCCCUACAACCCCUAUGGCAGCCUGAGGAUGCCCAAUGGGGAAUCGCCCGGCUCCUUCUACACCAUCACCCUGGACAAGCCCCCCAAGGGCCAGGAGCAGGAGGCUGCAGGGGAAUGCAGCUGCUGUAAGUGCUGCCCCUGCUGCAGAAAGUGCUGCUGCAUCAUCUCCUGAGGGUCAGACCAUGGGACAAGGCCAGGUGGCCUGGAGGGGACAUGAGUGCCCAGCUUGGGCACCCCAGGGAGCUGCCUUGAUGCCCAGCAGAGCUGUCAGCAGGGAGGUGACACUGGCUGGACUUUGCCUUUGCUUUUCAUCCAUGAGCUCUGCAGCCAGACACACCGGUGAUGGGCACCUGCCAAGUCCUGAGAGCCCAGUGUGGGGCAUGAGGGAGGAGGAGGAGAGGUUCCCCCAGCUAUGCUGAGCCCUGGAAGCCUUGAAGAUGAUGUGUGCCAAUGGAGAUGCCAUUGAGAAGUGCCUGCACUGGGGACGGGGCAGCACUGAGAGCCUCUGAUCCUGCACACUGCCCCUGCCAGCCUGCUCUUGCCAGGAACCCCUCUGCUCUGGGGCUGGGGCACUGCUGGUGGGCAGGGUUGGGUUAUGGCAGCUCUGGGGGGGUGGCAGAGGAGGGCAUCAUCAUCAUCAUCAUCAUCAUCAUCAUCAUCAUCUUCAUCUCUGUCUUGGAGCAGUGGAGAGGGGACAUGGUCUCAGCCAGGAUGGGGACUCACCUCCCCAGAACUGAUCAGUCCCUCCCACAGUAUCAAAGGGGGCUGCAGACCCCUGUGCCAAGCUCUGGAUGGGCACUGCUCCCCCUUACCAGGCUACCCAUGGGACAGAGGGAUGGGGACAGGAAGGACAGACAGACACACCAUGGCAGGGUGCUGGGCAGUGCUCCAGGGCAGCACAGCAUGGCUGUGGGCAGCAAUGUCUCAAUGCCAGGAAAGCCCCGGCCCCCUUUGGUUCCUCCUGCCAGGCUUGCAGGGAGGCACAGCCCUUCACCCCAUCCACAUCCCAGUCUGUGGCUCUGCACUGCACUGGGGACAGGUCCAGUGUGUGAAUUGCUGGCCCAGCUCCAGCACUUGGUAGCCCUGGGGCACCCUGGUUGGAAUGAAGACUCCCAGCGUUUUUCCUUCUGCAACCUCCUGGGCAUGGGGGAAGGGAAGCGAGGAGCCAGGAGCUGCAGGGGCGGCUCCAGGCUGGGUUUUUGGCUGGGGUUUGGGCUGCUGUCCUGGAACAAGCCCGCUGUUGUGUUGGUGUCUCAUGGGCAGCUGUGGUGUUGGCGUCCCACGGGUGGUCCUGGUGCCAGGAGGCUGCUGCAGGACCCGCCUGCCUGCAGGGCAGGGGCUCGGAAAGACUGCGUAUGUUUGCUGAUGACUUCAGGGUGCUGCAAAUAA